CGUGGGAUUGCAGGGUGCUGUGAUCGGGGGUGCAAUGGUCGGAAAGCGGUGGCGGUGGUGCGGGGAUCAUCGUGAGGGGUCGGGGCUCUGGCGGGGUUGCGGGGCGGCGGCGGUGACGGGGGUGCGGCACCUCGGGUCGGGGUGCGGGGUAGCAGGUCGGGUGAGGUGGUCAUAUGCGGGGCUGCUAGCAGGGGUGGAGGGCGGGGUUGGCGGGGUUGGCGGGGUGCGGGGUUGCCAGGCCGGGGUGGCGUGCAGGGAGCGGAGCCGAUCUCGCGGGGUCAACGACCAGGGUUACGGAGCGGUGUUGGGGCCCGCGGUGGUAGUCGGCGUGGUUUGCCGGGGUCGGGCGGUGGCAGGGGUCUACUGCCGACGGCGAGGUGCUCGCAAUGCAAAGGAACAGUUUUUCCGUGAUGAGGGCUACAGAUGCCUCGCGGCGACUCCGAUGAUGGUGGACAGCAACACGAGGCAGAUUGGCAAGAUUUUGCGUGGGUACGACGAGAUGAUCGUACAUUGUUUGUCUGUAUGUGCUGCUUUUGACGAGGAGCAAGAUGCAGUGCUUGAGGUCUUUGACAGACACCGAACCAUGUUUAAGUCGCCGGCUUAUGUGAAUGCCACAAUGUUGGAUGCAGAGUUUCAAGAUCAUACGCUGCCAGACGACGACGAGAUGCAGCAGGGUUUGAAAGCUGCUUUGGCUAUGUCAGAGGAUGCUCCCAAUGACAAGACGCAUCUGUACGGGAGCUCGGUGCACUACUUGCAGCAGGUGGAGGACGAGUUGCCCACCGACCAGCAGCUUGUCUCAGGUCGAGGAGCCCGUGCGACGGUGACGCAGGAGGAGUUGAUGCAGGCGAGACAGAGGAUGCGCGUCCCUCCACAGCGUUCGGACGAGGGAUACUUCCUGUAUGAGAGCUCGUCCAGUGACGAUGAGGAUUUCUUUGGGACUGGCAUGCUUGCAUCGGAUGACGAUAACGAUCUUGAUGACCGCCACCUGGACGGAGACGACGACGAUGGCGCCAGAGGGGAUGAUCGUGGUGAUGGGGCAGAUCGGCCACAACCCGGCUCGACACGUAGAGAUGGUGACAGAGGGUCUGACGAGGCAGCGAUAGAUUAUCGUGAUGAGGGUGACGUUGGGGCGGGGACCGGUGAAGGAAGAUCGAGAUAUAGAGAUGGUGCCAGAGUGGACGACAAUGAUGGGGCAGGGGACGACGGUCAUGGUGUCGGUGACGGCCGUGUAGGGACAGGCGCAGUGGGCUCGACACGUGAAGACACAGACAAAGGGAUGACUGCCAUGGACGUCGACCACUGUGCAGCCUCGGAUGACCAUGGAGAUGAAGGGGACGACGACGGUCCAUGACUUCUUCAGGGUUUGAGACGUGGACCAAAGGAACGAGACACUAUCAGUUCUCGUCUGCUCGUUCUCGUGUGCGCAAACUUCG